AUGACUAACGCCACAGCCUCUGUCCAGGAGUUCAUCCUGCUGGGCUUCCCCACCGCCCCACACCUCCACCUCCUCCUCUUCUGCCUGGUUCUGACCAACUAUCUGCUGACGCUUUCUGGGAACGGGGUCAUCAUUGGCAUCACCCUCUCUGAUCACCGGCUCCGCAGCCCCAUGUACUUCUUCCUGCGUAACUUUUCCUUUGUGGAGAUAUGGUUUACCUCUGUCACAGUGCCCAAGCUCUUGGCCAGCUUCCUCCAGGGCCCUCAGACGAUUUCCUUUGCUGGCUGCAUGAUCCAGUGCUACUUCUAUUUCCUUCUGGGGGCCGCUGAGUUCCUGCUUUUGGGUGUCAUGUCUUUUGACCGCUACCAAGCCAUCUGCAACCCACUCCGCUACCCAGCGCUCAUGACUGGGCGCUUCUGCUUGCAGCUGGUAUGUGGCUCCUGGGCCGCGGCUUUUGCAACCAUCCUGGGGCCGCUCAUUCUGGUGACUGGGCUGCCCUACUGUGGCCCCAACAUCAUCAACCACUUCUUCUGUGACCGGACACCACUGGUGGGGCUGUCUUGCUCGGGGACCCAAGAGGUUGAAGCUGUCAACUUGGUGCUGGCCGCGGUGCUGAUAUUGGGCUCUCUGGUGUUGACAGGCAUCUCCUAUGGCUACAUUGUCUUGGCAGUGCUCCGCAUUCCCUCCCUGCAUGGGCGCCGCAAGGCCUUCUCUACUUGUGCUUCACACAUGGUAGUGGUGACCAUUGUCUACGGCAGCCACAUCUUCAUGCAUGUCCGCACCAGCCACACCUACCCAGAGCAGGUGGACAAGGUGGUGGCCCUGAUGACCAGUGUGGUAGCCCCAUCGCUCAACCCCUUCAUCUAUACCUUGCGUAAUGAGAAGGUCAAGGAAGCCCUGUGGGAUGUGGCACGGAGGACCAGGAUCUUAGCCACCACGGGGAAAGCCAUAGAGGAAAUGGGGGAGAGAGCUUAGAUAAAGUGCAGUGGGGGAGGCCUUGGACUUGUGCAGGAAGGUGGAGGGAAAACUGGAAACAGUUUGGACACCUGGUUUCCAUCCUUGGCUUUAGGGGUGGGAAUGAGGAUUUCUGGGUUUAAAAAACAGGGACUCACAGCCUGGACUCCCGGGAUCUAUCUUCAACUUUGGGAGGGAAGUAGCAUCCCAAGCUAAGAGCAGGAGAAACUGGGAGCCCGGAUUCCUGGGUCCUGUCUCAGCUCUGUGAAGACAUUCGGCCAUGAAUUGGAUGGCAAGAAGACUGGACUGUUGGGUCCUUGCCCAAGUUUAGGAGAGCAAAGGGAUCUGGAACUGUAGAGCCCAAACUCCAAAGUUUCUAGUCACCGCCCUGGGAGAGGAGCUGCAUCUACCCGGACAGGCUCCAAGACUCCUGGGUUCAAUCCCUGGUUCUGGGAGAGGAGGGUAGGUUUGAGGGUUAAAACGGGGAGUCUGGGAACCAGGACUCCAUGACUGUUUCUCUAGCUUUUGGAGUUAAGUGGGGAGUAGUGGUUAGAGCAGAAGGAUGGGAGCCUGGACUCCAGGGUUUUCUCUCCAACACUGUGUAUGAGUCAGAGUAAAACUGAAUGCCUGCUUUGGAAGCUGUGAGCUAGAUCUCUAGCUCAUUCUGGGAUGUGAAAGGCCCCUUACAAAUGUAACUUGUAUUGCUGUUUAGACUGUGAGACUGAUUUUACACUGAAUCAUGUGGCAGAAUCAAAGGUGCCCAUUUGGCAGGUUGGAAAAUCUCUGCCCUUGAUGGACUUUGCAAUCUCUCAGCAUUUUGCAAAACACUCCUGCCUUCCAUUACAGACCAAAUAAGAACAUUGGUGUUACAUUUAUAUCUCUGCAUGUAUUUAAAUGUGUCCAUUUUGUGGGGAGGGAGGAGAGAAAAAUCGGUAUCUUCUACAAUCUCCUUUUAAAAUGAAAACUAGUUUUUCAUUUGGAAAAAUAUCCUUUUGAUUUUUCCUGUUGCCACCAAUUCCUGAUUUGUGCUGUUAAGUUUUUUCAAUAAUUUUCACUCCUUUCACAUGUUAAAGAAUGGAGUUUUGUUUUUAUGCUUUGCGUUUAGGAUUGGCUUGGGUUUUUCAAAGCAGGUAAAAAUAUGAAGGCGACCAAUUCAAUUUAAAAGUAUUUGAUUUUUGAACUAAAAGAAAAGUAGAGUGAAAAUUACUGGAUUCUUGUGAGUGAAAUCUCACAUGAAGCAUUAUUACAAUGUUUUACUCUGCCUUUUUUUUUUUUUAAAGAAACUAUUAUAUAUUUUAUUUUCAGAAUAAGCAAUUACCAUGCCUAACUUCCAUUGCAAGUCUGAGAAUAAGGGACCCAAGGCUCUUUUGUAAUUCUAUCCAGGAGUCUAUCUCCAUCUUGAGGCUCUCAAAUGUCUUUAGGAAUCUGGCCCUUAGCCCUCCUUUUCUGUUUGCGUUUGGGACAAAACGGAUUAAACCUGUUCAUAUUUAAACUGCUGAGUUUUAAAAAGUUACUAUACACUACUACUUGUACUCUUUUUAGUUAUCCUGAGAUGCCUCCUAGUGGCUAAAUUGUAAAAUAAUUUUUAACCAUUUUUUAAAAUGUAUUUUAAAGUCCUACUUCUAUUUCAAUAAACAU